AGCAGCUUGCUUGCUGGAACAUGAUGAACAACAACAGCAGCAGAGGAACUGGAGCCGAGGCCACCCACCCUGAUGCUCAGCCUGGUGGACCACCCCUCCUGAACAUGAACCACUAUGCCAAUAAGAAGAGUGCAGCUGAGAGCAUGCUGGAUUUGGCUCUGCUGAUGGCCAAUGCCUCCCAGUUUAAUGCCGUGAUUGAGCAGGGGCCAAACAUCUCUUUUUACAUCCCCGUCGUCACCUUAAUCACAAUCUCUCUUUGUCUACAGGUCACAGUUGGGAUCCUGUUAAUCUUCACAGUACAAUUGAACAUCAACGAUGAGCAAAAACACUGGAGGCUGAACCUAAUGGAGAAUCUGGCCACGGGCUUGGUUUUUAUCAUAGUGGUUGUCAACAUCUUCAUCACUGCCCUGGGAGUCCAUCAACCAAACCACAGCCACUGA